AAAUUUAAUUGAAAAACUGUGCUAAGAUACUCCUCGAGCGUGCUUUACUGUUUUCAAUCAAAUUGGAUAGUUUCACACUGAACAGUAUCCAAAAAAGUGUGUUCUUGAAUUUAUUGUUCAUAGAUCUCAAAUCUGAAUAUAUCGUAGAGGAGGUACUGUAUAUACUGUGUAGGUACGUGGCGAAGCGUUUCUUUGGUCUAUGGACGUCUCAUUAUUAAUCAAUAGAGUCUUUUUUCUAAAAAACUCAAUUUCUCAAUCUUCCGCUCAACUUUGUUUGUUAUUUUUCCACCGAACAUUGUAUUCAAAUGAAACUGUAUCUCAGAUAUCGCGAUGAAAUGCAAAUUUCUGUUGGCUUUGGCGUUGAUGUUUUCAAAAUGGAGGCCAUCUGAGUGCCAGGAGGGAGACGUGAAGACCGAGGAAGAGUGGCUGGCCACCGAAGACCCUGACGACAUCCCUCCCCUGGAAGAGGUCAUAACAAUCGAGUUUGGCAGGGUGAGGGGCUUCGUCUACAAUGACUCCUUCCAGCACACACAUCAGUCAUUCACUAAUAUCCCCUAUGCUAAAGUACCGGUCGGAGAGCUUCGUUUUGAGCUUCCACAACCACCCAAAAACUGGGACCCUGAGAUUCGAGAUUGCACCGCUCCCAUCUGGAAGGCAUCCACACAAAAGCGCUGCAUCCAGUACCUCAACUGGAGGGUUGGCAAGAAGAUCAUCGGAUCAGAGGACUGUCUCUACCUUGACAUCAUUCGGAACGCGGAUAUUGAGCUAGAGUAUCAGUAUCGUGGGUACGCAGACUAUCAGGAUUCCAGAGAUGCGAACGUUGUCGUCACGUUGAACACAGGAACGUUCAUGUACGACAUUCCUCUGAGUCGUCAGCGCUUGGCACACAACCUCUGCUGUGGCUACACCAUUUUCGUAUUUGUCCGCUAUCGCCUGGGACCUUUUGGUUUCAUGACAACUAAGGAUGACAUCAUGCCAGCCAACCUGGGGAUGCAUGAUCAGAUAGCAGCCCUUAAGUUUGUGCAGAGGAACAUAGUCCAUUUCCACGGCGAACCUAAAAAGGUGACGUUGGUGGGGGCCUCAGCAGGGGCAGCUAGUGUGCACCUCCACAUGUUGUCAAGGCUGUCAGCAGGUCUGUUUAGCAAAGCAAUAUCGGUGAGCGGAAGUGCGCUGAACCCGUGGGCAGUUUCACAGUCAUCGGACAAGUUGACCAUUCUGUACGCCAAGAGACUGGAAUGUCCAGUUCCACCCGAGCACAGCAAAACUGAGAUGAGAGAUUGCCUCAAACAGAAACCAGCCAUUGAAAUCAUCGAACAAAAGAAUCUGGCUUUUACAUUCCGUAACUUGCCACUUAGUGCAUUUGGACCAACAGUGGAUAAUCAUUUCCUGCUGGCAGAACCUCAUAUCUUGAUGGCUGGUGGGUAUCACAGGCCCAUUCCCUGGCUCGUUAGCUACUGCGCAGAAGAGGGCAUCUUUCCCCUGUUUGAUUGGGUGGACCGCUACCCGUGGAGGAUAGUGGUUGAUCUCAAUUGGGAGGGACUAGCUCCUUAUCUGUUGCACUUUCAUGACACAAUGAAGGAGAGUGAGCAGACAAAUAUGUCUCAGUUGAUUGGGAAGCACUACCUUCACGAUGGAAAAUUUACUGACAGUCCCUCAAAUUUGUACAGGCUGAUUAAGAUGGCGAGCGACCGUCUGUUCAUACUUGGUAUAAGUGAGGCAGCUCGCCUACAGGCCAAAGCAUCUGACGCUAAGGUCUAUCUGUACGAGUUUUCCUAUAGAGGUGAAUUCGGUACAGAAUCUCUGCUAGCUGAAAAAGGAACACAAAAUAUACUUCGACAAGGAACUGGGCACAUAGAAGACUUCCUUAUUUACAUUAAUGGAUAUUCAACAGCCAAGUUAACCCAACCAGGAGAUAUACAAAUGAGACAAGCUCUUACCUGGAUCUGGUCGUCUUUUAUAGAGAAAGGCGUACCAGAACUGAUAACAUCCGACUCGGACCAAGCGGAAAGCCCAGAGGACGACGCCAACCUGGAGCUGAUACAUGCUCGAGAAGGAAUCUCUGACGAGCCCGAAUUCGUAGAGGAAAUCGCCUACACCAAAAUCAAAUACCAUGGCGACUACUCGUUUGAACGGUCCUCGCUCCUGGCAGAAAAACGAUUUUGGCGCAGUAUACCGACCAACGAUCUCGUGCCUAAAUAGAAAGAGUUCAAAACCUUCACAUCUAACUAUAAAGAAUAGGUUGACAAAGUUGAAAAGUGUAGCAAUAAACACAAAAACCAACCCAUUAAAUGUGAUAUUCAUUUAU